AUGUUUUCAAGUGAAUUACUCGUUAUUAUUUUUCAAUUGAUUAUUGAUGAUAUUUUUGACAAAAAUAAAAUCGAACAAAUUUUUGAUGAUUACUCUGAAAAUUCAAGCUAUGAAAUAGCUCAAAUUCGAGUAAAUAGUGAAAUAACACCAAUUAAAACAAUAAAUAAUAUUCGAAUAACAUGUAAAGAUUUUAAUAAUAUCUUUACUAUUUUGUUUAAAAAAAGUUUUAUAGAUUAUUUUGAUAUUAAAAUCAAUCUCGAUUCAACAAAAUUAUGGAAAGAAUUAAUUGAAAAUUCUGUUAAAGAAGAUAUAAUGAAUAAUAUAAAUGAAUAUUAUUUACAAUUAAGAAUGGAACAUUCUGAAUAUUCAUAUUUAAAAUCUACAACUCCUCAAAAUAAUGAUAUUAGUUUUUCAGAAUUUUUUACUUUUCUUGGGUGUUAUAUGAAAUAUAAUCAAUUACGUUCUAUUGUUUUAAUACCAACUUAUGAUUAUAUUACUGGAGAUGUUUUUUAUGAUUAUAAUUGUAUAGAAUGCGAUGGUUAUGCAAGUUUUAAAAGUGUGAUUUUCUUAAAAAAUGUUCUGACUGUGAAGAUAAUUGUCGAUGUUAUUGUG